UACUAAAUAUUUCAUACGCUAUUUCAGUGUACGCGAAUAGGUUUUUAAUUUACAAAAAAUCCCCUUUAGCGAUACUUUCAGUUUGAUCAGUGUAGCUGGAAACAUAGCUUUACCAUUGCGUAGUUCAGGUGAUUUUUUUGUUAUUAUUCACACAACAGAUACGAAUGCCUCAGCAUACAGAAGAACAAAGAAAAAGGAUUGAGGAAAAUCGCUUGCGAGCGAUACGUAUUCGAUCUGAAAAAGCGGCAGCAUCUGCCAAUACAGUGCCUGUCAAAACCAACGUCAAAACUUUUGCUUCUACCUCUGCCCCGGUAGAAAUUAAACCGAAAAGAGCAUUAAAUGAUAACUCCAACACUCAAAACGGUUUUUAUGGUCCAAAAAAGUCUGGCAUUUCUCUAAAAUGUACCGUAAUACAAGGCAAUCGUUUUAGUGUGACAUGUCCAUACAAUCCCAAGCUCGUUACAGUUUUUAAAAGCAUUGCUUCAAGAAGGUAUGACCCAGCAACUAAGAAAUGGAAUUUCAGCACGUCUGAUCAUGCAACACUAGCCUCAAAAGUGAGAAGCUCUGGAUUCCAGCUAUCCAACCCGGAAAAUGCAGUCAUUGUAAAAAGCGCUGAGGGUGGCUCUACUUCUCUAUCCUUAGAUGACGUCAAUCAUAAUAACACAAAGUGCAAUGGAAAAUGUUACCUUAUAUCAGAUACACAUUUUGAAGUGGAGAUGCCUUACAAUAACAAGGCAGUUGCUAUAUUUAAAUCCUUACCAAGCAAAGUAUACGACAUCAAUACAAGGCAGUGGAGUUUCCAUUUAACUGAUUAUAACCAGUUGGUUUCCUCUAUCAACAAAGAGCAAGAUCUUCAUUUGGAGACUUUCCCGUCCACUCUGCUUCAGAUCUUCAAGAGCAAAAUCUCUGGAGCCAAAACUGAUUCUGUCCUCCAGGAGUUUGAUCUUUCCCAUGUUGAUGAAAAAGUGGAAACCUCUUUGAUGCCUUUUCAACGAGAAGGAGUAAAUUUUGCACUGUCAAAAAAUGGUCGAAUUCUUCUUGCUGAUGACAUGGGUUUGGGUAAAACAGUGCAAAGUAUCUGUAUCGCGUCAUAUUAUAGAAGCAGUUGGCCUUUGUUGAUUAUCUGCCCUUCAUCUGUUAGACUUAUGUGGAAAGAGUCUCUAUUACGUUGGCUUCCAUCCCAGCUUGAACAUGAUGAUGUUAAUGUAAUGUUGACUGGAAGAGAUAACAUUCCAACAAACUCUCUUGUUACUGUUAUUAGUUACGAUCUGCUUACUAAACACCAGGCAAGAUUCGAAGCUAAGAAAUACAAAUGUGCAAUAGUGGAUGAAUCUCAUUUUAUCAAAAACUUUAAAACUGCAAGAGCAAAAUCAGCAACUGCAGUUUUAAAACACACCAAACACCUUCUGCUUCUCUCUGGUACCCCUGCAUUAUCAAGACCAUCGGAACUAUAUACACAAAUUUCAACAUUGAGAUCUGAUCUCUUUCCCUAUUUCCACCAAUUUGGUCUGAGAUACUGUAAUGCAAAACAGAACACCUGGGGAUGGGAUUAUUCUGGCUCAUCAAACAUGACUGAGCUACGUUUAAUUCUCCAAGAAACGGUCAUGCUCCGUCGCACAAAAGACGACGUGCUUCACCAACUUCCACCGAAACUCCGUCGCACAGUGGCGCUAGAUGUCAGCAUUGAAAAAGCCUCAAUAAAACAGAGGAAACUUUUAGAAGCAUCACAGAGUGCCGUUAAUCAAAAAGGUCUUUCGGCUGCAGAAAAGCACGGAAUUCUGCUUCAAUAUUUCAACGAGACAGCCAAGUUUAAGCUGCCAGGUAUCAAGUCUUAUGUGCUUGAUCUUUUGGAGGGCGGCCACAAGUUCCUGUUAUUUGCUCAUCAUAAAUCUGUGCUCGACAGUGUAGAAACUGACUUGAAUAAAAAGGGCUGUGACUACAUUCGAAUAGAUGGCUCAACACCAUCUGAGCGCCGUCAAACUGAAGUGGCGAGAUUCCAAGAAAAUUCUUCCUGCAAGGUGGCGCUGUUGAGCAUUACAGCUGCAAACAUGGGGAUUACUCUUCAUUCAGCUUCAUUGGUUGUUUUUGCGGAGCUGUUUUGGAAUCCAGGGAACACCUGGGGUUGGGAUUAUUCUGGCUCAUCAAACAUGACUGAGCUACGUUUAAUUCUCCAAGAAACGGUCAUGCUCCGUCGCACAAAAGACGACGUGCUUCACCAACUUCCACCGAAACUCCGUCGCACGGCUGCAGAAAAGCACGGAAUUCUGCUUCAAUAUUUCAACGAGACAGCCAAGUUUAAGCUGCCAGGUAUCAAGUCUUAUGUACUUGAUCUUUUGGAGGGCGGCCACAAGUUCCUGCUGUUUGCUCAUCAUAAAUCUGUGCUCGACAGUGUAGAAACUGACUUGAAUAAAAAGGGCUGCGACUACAUUCGAAUAGAUGGCUCAACACCAUCAGAGCGCCGUCAAACUGAAGUGGCGAGAUUCCAAGAAAAUUCUUCCUGCAAGGUGGCGCUGUUGAGCAUUACAGCUGCAAACAUGGGGAUUACUCUUCAUUCAGCUUCAUUGGUUGUUUUUGCGGAGCUGUUUUGGAAUCCAGGGAUAUUGGUUCAAGCAGAAGACAGAUGUUAUCGUAUUGGACAGAGAGAUGUUGUUAACGUUCAUUAUCUUAUUGCUAAAAACACAGCUGAUGACCUAAUAUGGCAGAUGAUUAAGAAAAAGCUUGAAGUGCUUAGUAAAGCAGGACUUAACAAAACAGAUUUCAAUGAAACAGAACAACAUCAAGCAAAGGAACAUGGUCAAACCAAUAUUCUGGAUUAUUUUGGGGGAGGUGAAAAUAAAAGCGAUUGUGACGUAAAAAGCGGGGAUUGUGACGUCACAAGCGACGAUGAUGACGCGGACCUGCUUCGAGCGAUUGAGGAAGCAGAAAGAGAAGAACAAGAAAGAGUUUCCAAAAUUCAGUGUCAUGAUACUAACUUGGAUUACGUUCACAAUAACGUAAGUGAUACGAAACAAUGCCGAGACAAUGCACUUAGUGACGUCACAGCGUCUACGUCACGCCUGGAGCAAUCAAGUCGCAAGAGAGAAAAUUGGUCGCCCGACAAUUGCGACUUUAAACCACAUCCCGAGAAAAAACGGUUAAAAAAAUGAUUUUAUAUCUUUAAAUCAAAAACUGUCAAAAAAUGUACUCACAAAUCAGUAUUACCACAGUCUUGAACUUGUAUCUGUUUUGUCUCUAUUUUGUCUAUUUCUUUUUUUAUUUCUGUCUUUUCGCACAACUUGCCUUGUAAUGACCAUACCGAAAAAUAAAGAACUUUCUCACUGUAUGUUA